AUGGUCGCCCUCGUUGCCCUCGCCGUCGCGCUCAUCCCGCAUGCGCUCGCUAUCUCCGUUCCAGCCAAGCGUCAAUCGAUCACGCCCUUAUCUACGGCUCAAAUUGACGCUUUCACCCCGUACUCGAACUUCGCCGCCGCGGCGUAUUGCACCGCGGCUCAGACAGCGGAUUGGGAUUGUGGACCACUUUGCGACGCAAACUCGGGCUUCGUAGUCCAAGCAUCCGGUGGGGAUGGCGAUGGUACCCAAUUCUGGUAUGUUGGCUACGACCCCUCUCUCAAGCAGGUCAUCGUCGCGCACCAAGGGACCGAUCCAGACCAAAUCAUGUCCGACCUGACCGACGCGAACAUCAUUCGUGGAAAGCUGGACUCGACUCUCUUCCCUGGCAUUUCAUCUUCCAUCACUGUGCAUGAGGGUUUCAGGAAUGAGCAGGCGAAGACUGCCUCCAGUGUUCUUGCCGCAGUAAAGGCAUCGAUGUCUGCGCAUGCUACCAGUUCUGUGACCAUUGUCGGCCAUUCGCUCGGCGCUGCUAUCUCACUGCUUGACUCCGUCUACCUGUCCCUCAACUUGGGUUCAAGUGUUACCAUCAAGUUCAUCGGCUACGGUCUUCCUCGGGUCGGAAAUCAGGACUUCGCCGACUACCUGGAUGCGAACAUCGAUGUCACCCACAUAAACAACAAGGAAGAUCUUGUUCCCAUUCUCCCCGGGAUGUUCCUUGGUUAUCACCACCCUUCUGGGGAGAUCCACAUUUUGGACUCCGGUGCUUGGGAUUCGUGUCCUGGGCAAGAUAACGAAUCGGACUCGUGUACCACUGGAGACGUUCCGAGUAUCUUCCAAGGCGAUGAGGAUGAUCACGACGGUCCCUACAACGGUGUAUCGAUGGGCACAAUCGCAGCCGACAUGUGCACAUAG